UUUGCAAUACCUGGCUUUCUCUCAAGCUUCUUCACACCACCGUACUCCAAUCCGCUCUCCACAAUGGCGCGAAUUCUCAUAACAGGCUCUUCUGACGGUCUCGGUUUGGCCGCUGCUAAAAAGCUUGUUGCAAAUGGACAUUCCGUUGUCCUCCAUGCGCGCAACGCUCAACGCGCUGAAGACGCCGAAUCCGCAUGCCCUGGCGCUGAGAAGGUUGUAACGGGCGACCUGUCAAGCCUCUCCGAGACCAAGAGCAUGGCAGAGGAAGUGAACAAGCUCGGCGCAUUUGACUGUGUGAUUCACAACGCUGGGUUGUAUCAGGGCGAUUACCGCAAGACGAGCGAGGGCAUUCCUGCACUUGCAGCUGUCAACACGAUUGCGCCGUAUGUGCUCACCGCGUUGAUCAACCGCCCGAAGCGCUUGGUAUUCAUGUCUUCCGAGAUGCAUCAGAUGGGCUCUCCUAGUCUAGACGACAUCCUUUGGACGAAGCGCGGCGAGAGCGAGUACACCGCAAACGCGGCCUACUGCGCGAGCAAGCUACACAACGUCCUGUUCGCCAAAGCUUUCGCGCGCAGGUGGCCCGAUGUGAAGAGCAAUGCUCUAGACCCAGGCUGGGUGGCUACCAAAAUGGGCGGCAGCUCAGCAUCCGGAGAUCUCAAUGCGGCUGUCGAGAGCUACGUUAUGCUUGCGGAAGGAGAGGAAGAGAAGGCUAAGAAGACUGGAAGCUAUUUCCAUCCGAGUAAGCGAGAGGGAACCCCCCACAAGGCAACUUUAGAUGAGAAGAACCAGGAUAGGCUACUCGAGAUCUGCGCUGAGUUCUCUGGAGUGAACCUCCCGUGAAACUUACCACUAAACAUCGAGGAAACAACUGUCCUGCAAUUCCGUAUGGGUAUGCGACGGAUCGGCUAGACCUACGCUUCCCUUGACAGCAGGGGAAUGAUAGGGAAGCUGUUCUUGGCACCUUCGGUAGGAUGUCGAUAUAGUGCUCUGGAUCAGGAAGUAACAAUGAAUAUCGGAUACGUACCUCUUGAUAAGAUGCAGGUUAUGAUUCUUACCUCCUGCAUAUUGAACUACGCGAUCAUCAGCCUAUGUAGAUAUGUUAGUUUGCAGUCCAAACGCUAAGAUGCUCGGUAUGAUAGACGCCGUAAAAGCGCUACGCGACCCUGUUAACGCUCAGGUUUCUUGAACGCACGCGGAAACUUAACACCUUUCAUUACGGAGUAACAUUUGAUUGAUUUGGCGAGAGUUCGGACAACAGUACGCGUGC